UUGAGUCAAGCACCGUUGCAAUACAACGGAAUAAGAGAUUAGUUUUAAGUUACAGAAAUUGUUGCUCGAUCCGGAAAAUUUAUCCUUAUCUCGAAAUCCAUUCCAUUAGCAGUAGUAUGUUUUAAUCGCUCCCUUGUAUUCAGAGCAGACAUGGUGGAGCCAACAACACACAAGUUUGCAUCCCUAGAAGAGGAGCUGGGCUUCUGGAAGGAGCAGGCAGAGAGACAUCAGCAAAGGGCAGAAGAGUCUCAAGAGGAGCUGCAGGAGUUUCAGCAGAUGAGUCGAGACUAUGAAGCAGAACUGGAAACAGAGCUGAAGCAGUGUGAGGGUCGAAACAAAGAGCUGCUUUUGAAUAACAACCGACUUCGCAUGGAACUGGAAAACAUAAAGGAAAAAUUUGAGUCCCAGCAUUCUGACGCUUUGAGGCACAUCUCAGCCAUGGAGGAAAAUCUCGCAGAAACCACAGCAGUUAGAGAUCACCUGCAGAAAUACAUCAGAGAGCUUGAGCAGUCCAAUGAUGACCUGGAGAGAACCAAAAGGGCUACCAUCAUGUCUCUGGAGGACUUUGAGCAACGGAUGAACCAAGUCAUUGAGAGGAAUGCCUUUCUUGAAAGCGAGCUGGAUGAGAAGGAAAACCUGCUUGAGUCUGUUCAGAGGCUCAAGGAUGAAGCCAGAGAUCUUCGCCAGGAGCUGGCUGUGCGUCAGAAGGAAAGACGUCCAUCCAGCAGCCUUGGCAAAGACACAGAUCGAGCAGAUCUGCCGUGUCCCUCGGCUGGUAACCCAUCCUUCCCUGUCACGCCCUCCAAACCUCUCAGCUCAUUUGUCACACCCCCUGCUUCCAGCAUCCGGCGAGGUGAUGGUCUAACAGGGACUCCCCUCACUACGUCUGCUAGAAUAUCUGCACUCAACAUUGUAGGGGAGCUGCUGAGAAAAGUUGGAAAUCUGGAGUCCAAGUUGGCAUCCUGUCGAGACUUUGUGUACGACACGUCUGUUAGUAGGCCGGCACUUCCAGCUGGUUCUGGUAGUCCUUCAGGCUUAGAAGCAGCGCCUGAGAUUCAAACUACCAGCAUGAGCCCCCCUCCUCAGUACGACAGUUUAGUGAAGCGCUUAGAGUUUGGACCAGCUCCUCCAAGAGGGGUCACCCAGGGUGCCCAGUCUCCACAGGGAGGGGUCAAGAUCCUGCUAUGAGACAAAAAGAAGAUGAGUCACCUCCAUCCUUCAAUAACCUCACACACACCCCCACCCCCACCCCCCACCCCCCUCCUUAAUAUACUACAGCAAUGGGACUGUGAACUGAGCUGUCUCCCCUUGUUUGCCUCGAGCCCUGCUGAACUAUUGGAACAGGAAAGCCACUCUCCUUGCUCUGUGCCCCACAUAAUCAGCGCAUGGACAUCUGCUGCAUCAGGCUAGUAUCACACCAUAUCUAUCAUAGGAAGCAGCACUACUACAGCUUGUAUGAAAUCAAGGAAUGCAGAACCAACUCCUCACACUUUAUGUCCUACUGUAUCUUUGACGCUGUGGUGGGUUGCAUCUGAGAAAACCGUCUGUGUCUGCUGAUUUGCUUUCUGUGAUGGAUCAAGCACAACAGGGCUUUUGGAACAUUUCUGCUCCCAGAAAACUCAUUUAGGGUGGUUGUUGCACUUGCCCAUAAAUUCAUUGAAGUAGGGGCCGAAACUAGAGCCAGUUGUUACUGUUUAUUAAUAACAGCCACUGGAAGUGACCCUGGUAUAGGGACCAAAAACCUGGAGUGUCGUUCAUAAAAAUAAAAUAAAUAAAUAAAGCAAAUAUUGCAUUUCUGACCAAGUCCAAACCAAAGCUGUGAUAAAUGAAAAAAAUUAUGAUUUUUUUUUUUUUAAUCUGAUGAUGAAAUGUUAAAAUUCUGUUAGUAAUUUCAUUAACAAGUCAGUUGUUGUUCUUUAUUCUUCUAUGGGCUUGAAUAAUGUAGUUCUUAUCAAGUAUGGCAUCAAUUAACUUGUAAGUCACAAAGACCAGUGUGGGGGGGCUGGAUACAACGAUGGUUAAAACAAUGAUGAAAGUUAUUUUCUGCCUCAAUCACCACUGUUACAAAGCAAAUGUAGUUAAGAAUGAAUUAGUUGCUGCCACGAGCUGAUGUUUUAGCCAUCGCUGCCUUCCUCAAUGUUAUUACCUCGUCAGUUUGUAGGCCUAAGUUCAAAUAAAUGAUCGGUGAUGUAUCCCUCAUGCUACCAGGCUUCUAGAAAUGAGGAAAUGUCACGUUCCUUCGGGCUAGUUCGAGCAGGUUCACACAGUAGGUUGUUAAAUUCAAUCCAUUGGCCCAGGUCAUCUCUGUCUCCUCCUUCCUGCCAUUGCACAGACUUGUUUUAACAGACUUGUUAUUUUCUGGUAUGUAAGGCUUAUAAAUGUGAAGAGUAGGUUUAGGUUUUAUGCCUCAAAAAUAAGAUUUGUCAUGCUGCAGAUUUACGAUCUAGUGUUAGCAAGAAUUUUUUUUUACCAAGAUUAUUUUAUUUGACUGUAGACUUCAGAUUGGCACGUGUACACUACUGAAUGUAUAGUAAUAAUUCUAUAGGUGUGAGACCUGUCUGCCAUAGAAGGUCAUAUGGUGGGCGAACGAGGAGAAAAGACAAAGCAAUAAUAGAUUUUAACAGGUCAAAGAUAAGCACAGUUCAUAUUAUAUUUGUGUAGGUAUAUAGAGCCUAUAUUGAAUACCCUUCUCCUGCCUUUUAGUAAGAGAUAUUAUGAAUGGGAAAUAGUGAUUAACAGUUUUAACAUGACACCUGAGCUUUCCCCUGAAAUGUUUCUGGUUGAUCUGGAGUUCUCAUUACUGCCAUACAGCAGCCCAUAAAGCAGAUAUUUCAGUACAUAUCUAAAUACAUUUACACAUCAGUCAUCGCUCUGUACUGCACUGUAGCCUGUGUGUAGGAAUUAACUUCAUACAUAUGAGAAAUGCAGUUCUUGCUCCUCUUUGCUGUUUAACCUUCCACAAACUAACAUGAGCUAACUGUAAUUGUACUCUAUGACCACUGUGUACUGGGUGUUUGUUUGUAUGCAACACCUCUGCGACUGCUUCUGUAUUUGGACUUUAAACUGUAUGUGCCUGAGGUACUCUACCCAACUUUUAUCCUGUUGGUUUGCAGUUGUUUUUCUACUGAACUGAACAGAUGAGAAUCAUGUUCUGUUGUGAUGAUUCAGUUUGAUCUCUGAAGUUACUGACCAAGACAGAAACAUUAAAAGAAAAUAAAUCAAA